AUGAUUUUUUUUUUAAUUAUAAUCUCUAUUGAAUAAUUUUAAGCUAUAAGAAAUAUAGCCAUAACAUUGGGUCCUUUAACUUAAUAGUCUAUUACAUAUGUAAUUUAUUAGGAUGAGCAACUUAAUUAAUAAUUUAACUCAAAGGAGACUCGUUGGAGUAAUUGUUCGCCAUUGGAUUUAUUAUACAUUAAAUCUAAUGUGAAUUAACAAAUAGCAUAUACUCCCUUAAAUAUCAUAAACACCGAUGAUAAAGAUUUAAUUAUUGAUUCUUUAAGUCUUACUACUUAAAAAGGGUAGACUUUGAAGAUAACACUAAGUAAUUUUUAUUUAAUUUAGAUAAUACUAAUAAUAUUGUAGUCCAGAAAAAGGGAGUUGAGAUCAUAAAUAUCCAAUAUUUUUGUGAGAAGAAAUUAACAAAGGAAAACUAUUGGGCUGUAAUUGAUAUCAACCUCAAAACAUCCAAUCAAUCUUUGAAAUUUUCAUAUUAGUAUAUUUGCGAUCCUAAUUUCCAUCCAAAAAGAUUUGAUUGGAGUUAUUUGAUUUUAAUUGUAACCAUGUCAACUUUUGUACUCUUCCUGGCGAGGUAGUAAAAAUUAAGUGCAUUUAAAAUCACUUAUUAUGAUAAAUUAAAUAAUAAAAAUGUUGUUGUGUUUUAAGGAUUUCAUUUAGGUUUGAAAGGAGCUAUUAUAUAUAAUACUGUAUUUGCUGUAGGAGUAACUGCAGCAUAUGUUUUUGAAAAAACAGUAGAAGACCUAGAAGAAAAUAUAGUUCGAUGCUUUUGCUUGAUAUUUGGAUUUAUUUUAAUUAGUGAAGUGAGCUUUUUAUUUAAUUUAGCUUUGUUAUAAAAUGAAAUUUUUAAAAAUACGAAUAGUUUCCAUCUUAAGGGCUUGCGAUAUCAUUGGAUUGCUUACCACUAUUAUAACUUUACAUUUGUAUGUAGAUUUUAAUGAACCUUGGAUUGUAUUAAAUUAUUACAUAUUAUAGAUAAGCAAUUUAUUGACAAUCUAUUUGGUUGGUACUUCAAUCAAGUUAUUUAAAAUAACAAGCUUAAAAAAUGGAUUGCAUUUUUUUAUUCCCUGCAUAAUUAUGGACAUCGUUUUUUCAAUCUAUGGCAGCUUUUUUGUUCGCUACGAGUGGGAUAGUCUUGUUAUGAAAUACUUUAAUACUCCUCUUACUGCUUAAUUUCCAUAUUUCUACCCGAUUUAUAAAAAAAAAUGCGGAUGGUUAUCCAUCACUUCUAUUUUGUUUCCUGCAUUUUUCCUUGCUUAUGCCCAUAGAGUUGAUCGAUUCAAGGAUUCUAUAAUUUAUAGAUUAAUAUCAUAUAUAGGUUUACAAGUUGGAUUGACCUUAUGGUUUACGUUUUCAUCUCUUUAUUCAAUACCUUUGCCUGUUUCAUCAUUUACCCUAUUUCCAACAAUAGGAAUUAGUGCUAUUAUUGCAUUUCAGAGAAAUGAAAUUAAGGUGAUGUGGAAUGGUGAUUUUUAUGAUCAAGUCUUACUAAAUCCUUGGAGACAUCAAAUUCAGGCAGGGGAAAGAGAAUCAAUCCAUGUCUUGAAUAAAAAAAGCAAUGAUGAAACGGAAUUACAAAAUCUUGCAGAUUAAGAAUAAUAGCAUUAAUAAACUUAACUCCUCAGAAUAUCAAGAGGAUAGAUUAAAUUACACAACGAAUUAUUUUAGGGAUUAUUGGAUUGA